AUGAUGGAAUUGCCAGGAACAGGUGAGGCAGUGUAAUUACAAUUUAAUAUUUAUGUAUCUUUAAAUAAACUGAAAAAAAGGAUCUCAAUGAAUUAUCAAAAUGAUUAUUCAUAGACUUCCUGCUGCAGUGACAUCGUUUUACGAUUAAAAACGUUAGUUGGAAAGCAAAACAAAAAAGUCAAAGACUAAAGCUGCUAUUACCCUGAUUUCCCCAAUUUCCACUUUUAAAACCUUGCCUAAUUCUUAUUUUCCUUCGGUGUGGUAGUGGGUUUUGAUGCCCAUUGUUUUUUAUCAUUAAUGGUAUAAAUUUUUUUUUCUCUUUUAUCGUUGUUACUAUUGUUAUUAUCAGUAUACAUUUUUUCAUUUAUUUACUUGCCUCCAUCAUCAGAAUUAUCACUAUUGUUACAAUCAGUAUACAUUUCUUUUGUUUAUUUAUUCCUUUAAUUUUUUUUUCCAUAGAGUGCCAAGCAACCUCUUUCAAAAACUCAUCCUACACAUUUUCGAAAAGCGGAGGAAGUGUGGGUAAAAACUGGUAUACCUGCAUGAACCAGGGAGGUUACUCAGUCUCCAUCGAAACUGAAGAAGAAUGGCAGUUUAUCAAUGAUGAGAUUCAAAAGCGUGGUACUUGGAAUAAUAGUGCGUGGCACAUUGGUUUAUGGAAGGGAGCUGAGGGGAGUUGGACUUGGUUGUCAGGAGAAAAACUAAGUAUUUCGAAAUGGCAAGAUUCUCAGCCAGAUGGUAACGACAAGCACGCGGAAAUAUCUAAGAAUGGAGGCCUCUUUAAUGGUAUCUCUUGGGAUGAUAAAAACGCCUUCAUUUGCGAGAUGCCCGGAGGUAAGAUCACAUUCCAACCAUAAAGUAUAUUAUGUGCUGAAACAUUGCAGUCUUGCACUUGUGUCAGGAAAAUUUCUUUUGCUUCUUAAAAGUAAAAAUGCUGUUCACAUAAUAUGCUCGGCUCACCUAACUUGUACGUGUGAGCGACGAAUGAACUUUUAAGCGUGUAUCAGUAGUUGAACAUAAUGCCCAUGAAAAAAAACGGGGACAUAUGUUUCGAAAAAAAAAUGAUCACUCUGGGAUUUUCCCUUUUUUACAUCGCCUGCAGCUGGAAAAACAGCGAUGGAAACUGUACAUUUCACAACUUUUGUCGAGCGCGCUGAGAUUGGGAUAAUCUAACCAACGGAAUUUUCCCUUGCCACAAGUUACAAGGCGUGAUCACUGACGUCAGUGAGUGAAUCCGUGUUCUUUUAAACAUAACGCAUCGAAGUAUGUAUGCCCAAGGUCUUGAUUUCCGGUACUGAAGACAGAGUGCACAGUUUUUCCCGACCUUAGCUUGUGAAUAACAGUUUUUUUCUUUUAAACUCAACGAAAUAAUUUCUAAAAGAACCCUAAUGAUUUAGGGCUUUAAUUACGGCAAGAUCCUCCAUGAACUGAACAAUUUUUGAACGAGUAAAUGGUAGUUGAAACAGACUGAGGUAAUGCAAAUUCAAUAGAGGCUUUACCGAAAUUUUUUUUUUUUUGUGUAAUUGAAAAGGUGAUUUAAAAGGCUUCCAAACAAACCUUGAAACAUUUUUUUUUAACAGGUAUCUGUCACAACCUGACACCUGUAAAGUAGAGAGCGUGUAAGAAACAAAAGCGCAUGCACGUUUUAAAAAAGAAAACAACAACAACAACAUCAACGGCACUGGUUUGGCAAACAAAGUUAAGUUCAAUGUCUGUCACGGGAAGUUUUUUCUUUAAAAACAGUCAAUGAUCUUACAGAAAGUAUUACUCACUUCCAUUGACUAUUGAUGAACGAAGUAUAGCUCUGUUCAGUCAGUGAAUGGAAAGUAAUUGUAAGUAAAUUUAAAUCUGUUUCGAGAUUGUGGGAGUUUGCUCGUUUAUUUUGUGCAAUCGCGUGUGUAAAUCUGGUCUUUUGUCAAAAGUGGAAUUUUAAUGCCACUUUUUCUCUUUGAAUUCCUUCGUUUUCUGUUAUGAAGUUUACGGCACAAAUGUCCAUAUUGAGCGGACUUGCAAAGACUUACCGAAAGCGUAUUUAAAGUAUAGAACUGAAGAUACCGCUCACUGUUUUUUUAAUGAACAAAUUGUUUGAACGAAUUCAGGUAUAAAAUGAAUGAAAACCCCAUCAAUCAAUUCAAUUUUAAACAAAUGCGUUACGUUCUAACUUCCUGAGUUACUUAUAGUGAAGGUUUAGGUUAAUUACAAACGGUUUUUAUGCCGCGUGUCAACCCAUUUAAUGGCAUAUUUGCUACCAAAAAUCAUUUCAAAACCAUUAUUUUUGCCGUUAGCCACAGUGACUUGAGAAAGAGAAGGAGAGGAUUAAUAAAUAAUUAGUCAGCUUGAUUUGCUUUAAAGUGAUUUACGUAAAAAUACUUCUCAGCUGGCAAAGCGAAAUAUAUUUAUGAAAAAAGGCAACGAAACUAAGGUUGUAGCCAGCGACUCGAGCAAGCGUUGCCGUGCCGCUGAGCAGAAAAACGGAAAAAAAGUACAAGCAAACCCUAAUUAAUUUAUCUUUACUUACUUUCCAUGUCAAUGUUGAUUACCGCCACCUAGAUAAUCUUUUGAGUUUGUCGCAUGUACUUUAAAUUGUUGUUUUUGUUUUUUCCACAACCUUUCCCAUAACAACUGUAUGCGGUGAACUGCGUAUCUCCAGUUACACAUUUAUAAGAACUUACAUUCACAUUUAAUUUUACGUUUUUUAAGUCUGUUCAGAUGGGGGAGGAAGAAUAGGGGGCGGGGUGAGGGUGGUGUCAGCUCAACAAGGAAAUAAUUAAUUUUCAAAAACUCGACUACCAAAAUUACAUGAACUCACAGAUAAUCUUAGCUGAUGUGAAGUUAACUAAUUCAGAAAAGCAGGUUAGAGAUCGCGGACGCCGUAAGAUGUUUAGUAUUAAUUGACAAUGAUCAAACAUAAACUGGAGGUGUUAAAAAAAAAACAGGAAUCAUAUAAAAAAAAAUCAUAAAACUGUAACAAAAAAAAAAGGAAUUAUAUGAAAAAUAAGUCCCGUUUUCUUUCUCAUUUAUUUUUCUCCUUUAUUGUGAUUGUGAUUUUAAUCUUUUUAUGUCAUCAUCAUUAUUAUUAUUUAUCACUUUGAUUAUCAUUAUGAUAAUUAGUAUUUUUUGCUUUUAUUUUUAUCAUUUUGUAGAAUGCCUAAAUAUAACUUUUAAAAACUCUUGGUACAUAAUUUCGGUGUUCGAAACGUCCGGCCUCAGCUGGCUCGGGGCCAGAGAAACCUGCCAAAACCAAGGAGGGGACCUAGUUUCCAUUGAAAACGAAGAAGAAUGGAAUUUCAUCAAUGACCAGAUUCAAAGGCGAAAUACCAGGCGCUAUGAAAAUAAAUGGAGUAUUGGUUUAACAAAAAAGGCCAGGAAAUGGACCUGGGUGAAUGGAAGACCGCUGACUAUUUGCAAAUGGGAACAAGGGGAGCCAAGAGGUGAACACGACUCGGCUUUCAUGUACAAGCGGUCCAGUAAUGGGGAGCAGGGCGUGUUUGGUGGUGUUAAUGGCACAAGUAUAGGAUAUCGCCACGCUUAUAUUUGUGAGAUUUCCGAGGGUAAGUUGUUAUUUUUGUUGUUGUUUUGUUUUGUUUUUUCUGUUUGUUGGCUUUCUUUAAUAUUAUUUUGA